ACUACUUAACCUCUUUAAAACCUCAAAACCAAUCCUCACCGUUCAUUGUUUCACCCCUCUCAUCAUCAUCAAAAGAAGCUAAUAAAACCAGAAAAAGAACGCUCAAAACCAAAAAAGAAACAAGUGAUUCAUUUCAGUUUUUGAGGAGGAAGUGUAGAACAGUUGAAGGAAUUGCAGUUAUGGAGCUAGAUGACGUCGGAGUUCGAACGAUAGCCAUGGCGGAGGAGUCGGCAACCGAAGCAGUUCGGAAUAAACGAAGAAGAUUUAACGACGACGACGAAGGCGAAGCAGCAGAAUGUAAAGUAACUUCCUCAACGACGUCGUAUAUCCAGUUAAGAAGCCGGAGGAUUUUGGUGGAUCAUCAUCCUCGUAAUGAAAAUCAGUGUUUGAGCCUAGCUCGGACCAUGAUGAUGACGUGUCAUGUUGUUCAAGCAUUAUCGGCUCGUGCGGAAAAAGGAUUAUCAAAUGGCCAGAUCCGGAGGAUGGGAGCAUUGAAGUUGAAUCAUCCACGCAUUUCAGCAACAGAGACAGCGAAUUCAAGCAGGAGAGAAACGACGCCGUUGAGUGAGCUUCGAGCAGAACCAGAAGACAUGGAUCCAACGUCCAGGCCAUCAGGGGGGAACUCUCGGCGUAGAUCAAUGGUAGAGAAGAUGCCAACCGAAGCAGAACUCGAAGAAUUCUUUGUUGUUGCUGAGGAAAAACUUAGAAAUCAGUUCGCAGAAAAGUACAACUACGAUAUUCUCAAGGAUCAACCAUUGGAAGGACGAUAUGAGUGGGCUCGAUUAAAGCCAUGAAGAAAAAGCCUAAACCAACACCCCCCUUUCCCCGGGGAAAAAAUAUAUAUAUAUAUAUAUGAACUUUUUUACGACUCUCUUUUAUGUAAACGGAAGUAUUUUUAGUUGGAAAUUUUAAAUCUUGUUAGAAAGGAAUCAAAAUUUCAUAAAUAUAUAUAUAUCCAACCAAAAAUGGCUAAUAAUAUUUUAUCAAAAAAAAAAUAAAAAAUCUUCCCCUUGCAGUUAUAAAGAAAAGGGAAAAAGCUGGAGAGAAGGAAAAUAAUAAGAGAAUG